CGCGCGCCGCCGCCCGCCUCCCGCGCCUCCUCUGCCGCGUCCCUCUCGUCAGCUCUCGCGCCCAGGCGGCGGCGGACGCGACUCCCGAGCGCCCGGCAGUUUUGUGAGACAGGGUCUCACUGUAUAAUUCACACUGGUCUUGAACUCAAGAUACUCAUGCCUCAGCCUCCCAAGUGCUAGGAGUACAGGUCUCCACGACAGGGUUUGACCAGCAGGCAGCCCCUCCACUGUGAACCUGAUCCGUGGCUUCCGUCCUGUGGGCUUCAGUGUCAUGGCCACGGAAGAGAAAAAGCCGGAGACAGAGGCCGCAAGGGCACAGCCCACCCCCUCUUCCUCGGCCACACAGAGCAAGCCAACACCUGUUAAACCCAACUACGCUCUGAAGUUCACUCUGGCCGGCCACACAAAAGCAGUGUCCUCCGUGAAGUUCAGCCCGAAUGGGGAGUGGCUGGCUAGCUCAUCUGCUGAUAAACUCAUUAAAAUCUGGGGUGCGUAUGAUGGGAAGUUUGAGAAGACUAUAUCGGGGCACAAACUGGGAAUAUCGGAUGUGGCCUGGUCAUCGGACUCCAACCUCCUUGUUUCUGCUUCGGAUGACAAAACCCUGAAGAUAUGGGAUGUGAGCUCUGGCAAGUGUCUGAAAACACUGAAGGGGCACAGCAACUAUGUCUUCUGCUGCAACUUCAACCCGCAGUCCAACCUCAUCGUCUCAGGGUCUUUUGAUGAGAGCGUGAGGAUCUGGGACGUCAAGACGGGGAAGUGCCUCAAGACCCUGCCCGCACACUCCGACCCCGUCUCUGCUGUUCAUUUUAAUCGUGAUGGAUCCUUGAUAGUUUCCAGUAGCUAUGAUGGCCUCUGCCGCAUCUGGGACACGGCGUCAGGACAGUGCCUGAAGACACUCAUUGAUGAUGACAACCCGCCCGUGUCCUUCGUCAAGUUCUCUCCCAAUGGCAAAUACAUCCUGGCGGCCACGCUGGACAAUACACUGAAGCUGUGGGACUACAGCAAGGGCAAGUGCCUGAAGACCUACACGGGCCAUAAGAACGAGAAGUAUUGCAUAUUUGCCAAUUUCUCGGUGACUGGCGGGAAGUGGAUCGUGUCUGGCUCUGAGGACAACCUGGUGUACAUCUGGAACCUGCAGACCAAGGAGAUUGUCCAGAAGCUGCAGGGCCACACAGAUGUGGUGAUCUCUACGGCCUGCCACCCCACGGAGAACAUCAUUGCCUCAGCCGCCCUAGAGAACGACAAGACCAUCAAGCUGUGGAAGAGUGACUGCUGACCUCAGCCGGGACUGUCCAGCCCACCGGUGGCAAGAGGCAGGGCAAGGUGCAGGCCGGCCCCGAGGUCGGGGCAGCGCCCAGGACGCGGCACUGCCCGGACGCUCCCUGCCAGCUGUGUGCCGCCCAGGGAGGCGUUCCCAGUUCAUUUGCUCAGAGGCAAAAGUUUUUAAUUUUUUAUUACAAGAGAGAGAAGUUCGAUUUAUCAUGGGUUGUCUUUCCCAGUACCCGUUCUGUACAUUUUUGUAUUUUCCUACCCAGUGCGGAUUGCACCAGGCCUGGUGGGUCUUCUUCCCCGAGCUGCGGCGCCUGGCAUGCACUCUCGUCUUUUGGAACACACCGCGUAGUGAGGUCACUUCCGUGUCCAGUCCUUUGUAGCAGGAGUUGGGCCGCAUGCUGACGCGUGGUGACCACAGGCCAUGUCCCCCUGGUCACUGGUGUUCACACAGCUGCACAAACUGUAAUAAAAGGUGGGAUUUUGUACUAACUCCUGGCCCUGCAUUCUGACGGGAGCUGGUCUCCGCCUGGCUUGUCGCCCGCCUGGCAGGUGGGUGGGCCAGGGCACCCUGAAGGCGCAGCCAGCCGGGUCCUAUUUUCCAUGGAAGGCCAGGCUCUCAGGGCUGAGCAUCUUGGGUGGGCUGCUGGGCCUGUGGGUGGCACUGUCACCUGCAUCCUAGGCCAGGCUCAGGGACUAGUAUGGGAGGGAAUGGUGCCCACAAGGCUUGGCCUCCUGCUGUCCUGGUGUCCUUGGGGACACCCGCUGCCACCUGGGCCUCCUGCUCAGCCCGCCCCUAGCUGGCUCCUCAGGGAUUGGGUCUGAGGAACGGUGGCGGCCAGCCUUACAGCCGUUGCCUGGCUGUGCUCUUGGGAGCCCAACCAGAAGGAGGUUGGCAUGGGGUUCCAGCCAUCUGCUUGUAGAGACCUCGGUGAGCACUGCUGCAGAGGGCAUGGCCCUGCUGGGUGCUCGCUUGUGACGUUGGGGAGCCAGGUUUGGACCUGGAGCCCUGCCUGUGGGACCUCAGGUGGACAGAAAGGCCAAGAGCAGGAGCGGGGCUCGUGGGGGGUGUCCACAGCGGGUCCCUGUCCCAGCUACCCCGAGUGCCCCAGUUGCUGGUGUUAGUGAGUGGGGCGUUGCAGGCUUCCCGGGAGGCUCCUAGGAGGAUGCUGGCACACUUCCCCCGGGGAGGUGAGGUGGGUUGUUAUUGGUAGUGGCAGCAGGAGGCAGAUCUGGCCUUGAUGCCCAGGGUGGGGUCCUAGGCCUACGAGUGCCACCUGUGUGACCCACCUCCACCCCCACCCCCCACCCCCACCGCCUGCUGCUGCAGCAGCGUUCUGAGCGCCCUUGCUGGCAUCCAGGUGGGCCCUGGGGGAGGUGGGGCUUGCUGUGUGGACCGUCGUGUCCUGGAUAUAGUUUAUUUUUUCUACAGUUGAACUCUCUGUUGUAGAUUUAUGUAAAAACACAUCUCUUUUUCAAAAUAAAGAUUGUCUUGUAAUUUUGUCCCGUAA